GAAGAGAGGUCCACGUGUGUCACAGAUGUGGGCCCUGCAGAGGGGUCUGUUCACACGGGGCACAAAGAGAGUGGGACACAUUCCUCCUGUGGAAGCAACGGGACAUCACCUGAGCGCCAGCAGAGGAGCAUCACUGUGGUCGUGGAGAGCCCCAGCUACACAGAACCAGUUGGGACGGCCAAGCAGCUGCUGAUGCAGAAAUUCUCUCAGAUGCUGAGGAAGGAGAGAGCCCAGACCAAGGACAAGAGCGAUGCAAGUUGGAAGGAUGAAGCAGCGGGGAUGCCAUCGCCAACCUCGAAACUGCAGAUGAGCCCAGAGAAAAAGAGCAUGAAGCCCAUCUUUGCCCCUCUGGCAUCCAUGCCAUCCCUGGGAUCCCUGGCUGCAUCUUCUGCCUCCUCAUUCUCCUCCCUCUACUCCUUCCCGGAGCCCUGGCCUGGUGCAAUGGCAGAGCUGGCUGCCCUCAGUGCUCAGCCUGUCUCAGAGCCACAACCAGAACCAAAGUCACAACCAGAGCCAAAGUCACAACCAGAGCCAAAGCCACAACCAGAACCAAAGCCACAACCAGAGCCAAAGCUACAACCAGAGCCAAAGCCACAACCAGAGCCAAAGCCACAACCAGAGCCAAAGCUACAACCAGAGCCAAAGCCACAACCAGAGCCAAAGCCACAACCAGAGCCAAAGCUACAACCAGAGCCAAAGCCACAACCAGAGCCAAAGCCACAACCAGAGCCAAAGCUACAACCAGAGCCAAAGCCACAACCAGAGCCAAAGCCACAACCAGAGCCAAAGCUACAACCAGAACCAAAGCCACAACCAGAGCCAAAGCCACAACCAGAGCCAAAGCCACAACCAGAGCCAGAGCCAGAGGUAGAGGUAGAGGUAGAGGUGGAGCCAGACCCAGCCCUGAUUCCCAGCCCUGAGCCCCCGGCUCUCCUGGAAGCAGUCCCCAGCUCCCUCCACUCCCUGGGGCCAGAUGAGCAGAAGGAUGGAGCACAGAGCCCCACAGAGCCCUCCCUGCCCCACAGCUCCCACUCAGAGCUCAUCACGGAGCUGCUCCAAGCCAUCCAUGAAAACCACACGGCUGUUGAGCGCCGCUGCCAACUGCUGCAGGCAGUGCUGGAGCAGCAGGAGGCGGCCGAGAUCACAGACCAGGAGCCCCCCAGCCUCCACCUGCGCAUACGGAUGGAUGUCCAUAGUCCUGGGAUCUGGCCGCUGCUGAGGGGGCACAGACGCAUGGAUACGGACACGCAUAAAGACACAGACACGGACACGGAUGAAGACAAGGACAUGGACACAGAUGGGCGCGUAGAAGAGGAAGCUGAAGGGAGUGUCCCAAAGGAGCUGAACCAGAGAGUCCUGAUGGACCCAGGCAGGACCAGCCCAACAGGGUCCCACUGGGAUCCCAAGGACAUGGACCAUCCGCAGGUGACCCCGGGGCUGUGCCGGGCCGGGCAGUGCCUGCAGGAUUGGUGCUGCAGGCUGUGGCGGUGGGUGCAGGACCGCUGGAAGCACUGCUGUGCACAGCCCUUUUGGCAGCACUACGUGGGGAGGAAAACCCUCUGAGCCCCAAUGUGGGGCCUGGCACCGUUACAGCCCCUCCGGAUCAGACCAUUGGAGGGUUUCCCUUCCCUGGUGCUGCUGAUCUCUUCCCGUCCUAGGGCUCACACAGCCUUGCAGUGCCCCCGAGCAGCGAUGGGGCUGCACCCAUCCUGGGGCUGUAGCACAGAACUGCAGAACCACAUCCUGCUUUGGGUGGGAAGGGCCCUCCAAGCCCACCCUGUGCCAACCCCAUGGGCAGGGGAUGCUCCCAUCAGCCUGGCACCCCCUGGUGCUUUGUGUGUAACACAGAACCAUCGUUGGGGCAGAAAGGAAGAGCCUGGGACAGAAUCAGCUCAGCAGGACCAUAGGAAGGGGACUGGGAUGUCUUGGAAACAACAGGAUGGCGGCCGGAUGGGACAAGAUGGAAUGUGAUGUAACGGUGUAACGGUGUCAGAAUGGAGUUAAUAACAACUGGAAAUGUAAAUCCUCUGCUCGCGGGGCAGCUGCCAUUGCAACUGCAAAUAAAGUCUGCUUUUAUUAGAGA